AUGGCUCUUCAGAGGUGGGUACCUUGUGGUUCUUGGAGUUGGCUGCUACUGCUAAUGAUCCUCAAGUGUUCCGAAGUGGCUCCUGAUUUGACUGAAUCCACAAAUUCUACUGCCCAGCAUGAACUUAAUGUUCGGCUAGCUGCUGCCAGCUCCCAGCCAGAUGGGAAGAUAGCUGUCUUUGCGCUGGAUUAUGACUACGUGCAAAUUCCUUAUGAGGUCACCCUCUGGAUACUUCUAGCUUCUCUUGCAAAAAUAGGCUUCCAUCUUUACCACAGACUACCAGGCCUCAUGCCAGAAAGCUGCCUCCUCAUCAUUGUUGGCGCCUUAGUGGGUGCCAUCAUCUUUGGUACUGACCACAAAUCACCUCCCGUCAUGGAUUCGAGCAUCUACUUCCUGUAUCUCCUUCCACCCAUUGUUCUGGAGGGCGGUUACUUCAUGCCCACCAGACCCUUCUUUGAGAACAUCGGCUCCAUCCUGUGGUGGGCAGGCCUGGGGGCCCUGAUCAAUGCCUUUGGCAUUGGACUGUCCCUGUACCUCAUCUGCCAGAUCAAGGCCUUUGGCCUCACCGACGUCAACCUGCUUCAGAACCUGCUGUUUGGCAGUUUGAUUUCAGCUGUGGACCCCGUGGCUGUGUUGGCUGUGUUUGAGGAGGCCCGUGUGAAUGAACAGCUCUACAUGAUGAUCUUCGGGGAGGCCCUGCUCAAUGAUGGCAUUAGCGUGGUCUUAUACAACAUAUUAAUUGCCUUCACAAAGAUGCAUAAAUUCGAAGACAUAGAACCUGUUGACAUUUUGGCGGGAUGUGCCCGAUUCAUUAUUGUGGGAGUUGGUGGAGUACUUUUCGGCAUCAUUUUUGGAUUCAUUUCUGCAUUUAUCACACGCUUUACUCAGAAUAUCUCUGCGAUUGAACCCCUCAUCGUCUUCAUGUUCAGCUAUUUGUCUUAUUUAGUUGCAGAGACACUCUAUCUCUCUGGCAUCUUGGCAAUCACAGCUUGUGCAGUGACAAUGAAAAAAUAUGUGGAGGAAAACGUGUCCCAGACGUCCUACACCACCAUCAAGUACUUUAUGAAGAUGCUGAGCAGUGUCAGUGAGACCCUGAUCUUCAUCUUCAUGGGUGUGUCCACUGUUGGGAAGAACCACGAGUGGAACUGGGCCUUCAUCUGCUUCACGCUAGCCUUCUGCCAGAUCUGGAGAGCCAUCAGUGUAUUUACUCUCUUCUAUGUCAGUAACCAGUUCCGGACUUUCCCCUUCUCCAUCAAGGACCAAUGCAUAAUUUUCUACAGUGGUGUUCGAGGAGCUGGAAGUUUUUCACUUGCAUUUUUGCUUCCUCUAUCUCUUUUUCCUAGGAAGAAAAUGUUUGUCACUGCUACUCUAGUUGUUAUAUAUUUUACUGUAUUUAUUCAGGGAAUCACAAUUGGCCCUCUGGUCAGGUAUCUGGAUGUUAAAAAGACCAAUAAAAAAGAAUCCAUCAAUGAAGAGCUUCAUAUACGUCUAAUGGAUCACUUGAAGGCAGGAAUUGAAGAUGUGUGUGGGCAAUGGAGCCAUUACCAAGUGAGAGACAAGUUCAAGAAAUUUGAUCAUAGAUAUUUACGGAAAAUCCUAAUUCGAAAGAACCUGCCAAAAUCAAGCAUUGUUUCUUUGUACAAAAAGUUGGAAAUGAAACAAGCUAUUGAGAUGGUAGAGACUGGGAUACUAAAUUCUACAGCCUUUUCCAUACCUCAUCAGGCCCAGAGGAUACAAAGAAUCAAAAGGCUUUCCCCUGAAGAUGUGGAGUCCAUGAGGCACAUCCUGACACACAGCAUGUACCAAGUCCGCCAGAGGACCCUGUCCUACAACAAAUACAACCUCAAACCCCAAACAAGUGAGAAGCAGGCUAAAGAGAUUCUGAUCCGCCGCCAGAACACCUUACGGGAGAGUAUGAGGAGAGGCCACAGCCUGCCCUGGGAAAAACCGGCUGGGCCCAAAAACAUCCGAUACCUCUCCUUUCCCUACAGCCAUCCUCAGUCUGUGAGAAGAGACACAAGGGCUGCUGAGGUCACAGAUAAUGACAGCAGUGAUUCAGAGCUCCUAUCCAUUAUGUACAGCCCACACCAUCGAACGGGAUCACUUCAUGAUAGAAGACUGGCACAGGACAUGAUCCCAAUGAAGAGCCUGCACAGAGGUGGGAAGCCAUCAGCCUUCAGCCAUCAAAGAAACUCGAGUCGUGAUGAGCAUGUUGGAGACAGAAGAGUGGUGAUAAGGCCCAAGCCACUCUUUCAUGCAGUGAAUGAGGAGUAUGAAUCUGGAGAGGAGAGUGAAGAAGAGGCUGCCACAACUGAGUCCAGAUGGUCAGUUGAGCACAGACACAGCCCCAAGGAACAUCACAAGUCCCACAGCCCAUUGCUCCAAAGAAAAUAG